AGGCGCAUGCGCGCUGUGGGCGCUGGUGUGGGACUGCUGGUGCUGGUGGCAGCCGAGGGGCCGGAGGCAGAGGCCGUGGCGGCCCGGAGCGAGCUGCGCUGCAGGGAGCUGCAGCAGCCGCCGCCGCCCCCGCACAAGAGGAACCUCGGCUGCCCACCGACCCUUCCUCACUUUUGGAAAUGGCGGGCGAAAUCACAGAGACCGGGGAGCUCUACUCUCCCUACGUUGGACUGGUGUACAUGUUUAACCUCAUCGUGGGCACUGGUGCACUCACCAUGCCCAAGGCCUUUGCCACCGCUGGGUGGCUUGUCAGCCUGGUCCUGCUGGUGUUCCUGGGCUUCAUGAGCUUUGUGACGACCACCUUUGUAGUGGAGGCCAUGGCAGCAGCCAACGCUCAGCUCCACUGGAAGAGGAUGGAAAAUCACCAGGAGGAGGAAGAUGAUGACUCCUCCACAGCCUCUGACAGUGAUGUUCUCAUCCAGGACAACUAUGAGCGGGCAGAGAAGCGACCCAUCCUGUCUGUGCAGAGGCGUGGAUCUUCGAACCUUUUUGAAAUCACAGACCGGGUGGAAAUGGGACAGAUGGCCUCCAUGUUCUUCAGUAAAGUGGGGGUCAACUUGUUCUAUUUCUGUAUCAUCAUUUACCUGUAUGGGGACCUGGCCAUCUAUGCUGCCGCCGUGCCCUUCUCCCUCAUGCAGGUGACCUGCAGCACCACUGGCAACGACUCCUGUGGUGUGGAGGCCGACACCAGGUACAAUGACACUGACCUGUGCUGGGGGCCCCUGCGCCGAGUGGACGCCUACCGCAUCUACCUGGCUGUCUUUACUCUCCUCCUUGGACCCUUCACCUUCUUUGACGUCCAGAAGACCAAGUACCUGCAGAUCCUGACCUCCCUGAUGAGAUGGAUAGCUUUCGCCAUCAUGAUCGUGCUGGCCCUGGUCCGCAUCGGGUACGGGCAUGGGGAGGGGCAUCCACCGAUGGCUGACUUCUCUGGGGUCCGGAACCUGUUCGGGGUGUGCGUCUACUCCUUCAUGUGCCAGCACUCCCUGCCUUCCCUUGUCACACCCGUCUCCUCCAAGCACCACCUCACACGCCUGGUCUUCCUGGACUACGUGCUGAUCCUGGCCUUCUACGGUCUCUUGUCCUUCACCGCCAUCUUCUGCUUCCGCGGCGACAGCCUCAUGGACAUGUACACCCUCAACUUCGCGCGCUGCGACAUCGUGGGCCUGGCUGCCGUGCGCUUCUUCCUGGGCCUCUUCCCCGUCUUCACCAUCAGCACCAACUUCCCCAUCAUUGCCGUGACCCUCCGCAACAACUGGAAGACACUGUUCCACCGCGAGGGGGGCACAUACCCCUGGGUGGUGGACCGCGUGGUGUUCCCCACCAUCACCCUGGUGCCGCCUGUGCUGGUGGCCUUCUGCACCCACGACCUGGAGUCCCUGGUGGGCAUCACGGGGGCCUACGCUGGCACAGGCAUCCAGUACGUCAUUCCCGCCUUCCUGGUAUACCACUGCCGCAAGGACACCCAGCUGGCCUUUGGCUACGGGACUGUCAACAAGCACAGGUCCCCUUUCCGCCACACCUUCUGGGUGGGCUUUGUGCUGCUCUGGGCUUUCUCCUGCUUCUUCUUUGUCACCGCCAACAUCGUUCUCAGCGAGUCCAAGGUCUGAUGGCAGAAUGUGUCUAGUGACAAGACGGAUGGGGGCCCCACCCCCACCUCCCCACCUGCAGAGCCAAGAUCUAGUUGCCUCCCAGGUCUCCAUGGGACAGGUGCAGCUGGGGCUCUUGGAGGGGAUUUUCCAUAUCUCCAGGUAGGGAUCUUCUCCCCACCCAGGAUUCCGCACAGUGGAUGAUUCCACAUAUUCGUCCAGGGUGGCCCUCCUCCCAGGUCCUCCUUCGUAAGGCUGCCCCCAGCCAGUUGAGCC